AUGUUCCGUCUUCUGAUUGUGCUCUGUGCCUCUACGGCAGCCCACGGUGCUCUACCACUUGGGUGGAAAGCUUGUAGGAGGGCGGAUCCCAAAUACAAUCAAUGCCUAAGCAAGGAAAUAGAAAAUGCCGUAAGAAGUCUAGCUAACGGUGACAAAUCCCUUAAGGUGCUGCCGUUGGACCCCCUCAGGAUCAGCGAAUUGAAGAUCGGCAAAGGCAGCGGACCCGUUUCCUUAGAUCUCGUCAUGAGGGAUGCAGAUGGAUAUGGGCUUAAGAACAUUCAAGUCAAAGAUACCAAGAAUGAUUGGAAGAGAAUGACAGUUAAAGCAUACAUACCAAAGUUUACUGUGCUUUCUGACUAUAAAGUCGAUGGAAAAGUAAUGGUUCUACCCAUUACAGGCGAAGGAAGAGGAAAUUUGACUUUUGAGCACUUAACAGUAAAUGGUGAAGUUAAAUGGAAAAGGAUAAAGAGAGGAAAUACUGAAUAUUUCAAUAUGGAGUCCUUGACUGUACCAUUGAUGCCUAAAAGGAUGUACUUCAAUCUUGAAAAUCUCUUUAAUGGCAACAAAGCCUUAGGUGAUAAUAUGAAUAAGUUUCUCAAUGAAAACUGGAGCGAUAUCAUGGAUGAACUAAGAGAUCCAGUCUCAGAAGCAUUAUCGAUGGUAUUUAUACAGAUAGCAAAUCAAAUAUUGAGCCAAAUACCUGCCAAUGAAAUCGACAAAUGA